AACUAUAGAGUCAGAGCGAAUGAAUCGAAACCGCAGUUUCCUAACUUUCGAUCGAUAAGUAUUCGGUCUGACCGAUAUUCUCGUUAAAAUAUUAUGUCGUUUCAAUGAGUUUGCGUAACCUUUCAUAUGAAUUAAAGUUCCUCUUUCAUAUCGAGUGCGAACAUUUUCUCUGUUGUUGACUCAAGAUUACAACCUAGACAUUUUACUCUUAUUAAUAUUAAUAUACUUAUUGUGGUCAAAAUGGUUCAGUGGGAUGUCAAAAUUACAGAAGUAGAGGAAGGGAAGGACGUCACUGAAUCUGUUGUAUCGGUCGGGGAAGGAAAACGAACACAUUUGUGGCAGUAUGUAUAUACCACGAUGUUGAUAUUCUACGUUGCUACUUGUGUAACACUAGGAGCCCUACGUAAUUUAGGCUGUUCCCUCGAUGGUUUCUUGGUUGUCUGGUGGACCGCACAUGCUGUCUUUCUUUUCGUUGGGACAAUCAUUGAGUUCGUACACAUCCGUCGCAUUGACGAUUCAGACGUCGACGUCAGGUCUCGCUGUCCCUUAAACUGCGAUUUGUUACUUGUUAUCUGGGGAGUCAUCGGAGUCAUAGGAAACUAUAUGGUUCAGCAUCAAGUGGACGACACAGUUUGCGCAAUGUUUCAAUGGACUGGGUUAUUAAUUUGGAGCAUCGUCUCUAUUGUUGUUGUUGUCAUGGGAAGGAUUUCGAUCAAAGUUUGUUACUAACUUCGGAUGCAGCAAUCAUUUGCAAAUAAAACAUUAUGACGAAAGACCUUUGAUAACUGUGAACUCAGCUGUACAGUCGAGACUUUUAUUUUCACUACAACUUCGACUCUUCAUCUGUAUUUAUGCAAUCUUAUAUUAAUGUUCAAAUGAAAGGAGUGUUUUAAACUGAUGGAAACGGAGACUUAUAUUCAGAGCAAUUAACAUAACCUAUGGGGUGACCCUCCAAAACGGAACCCAAGUCAAUUGGAACAUAUUCUAGAGAGAACAUUAUUGUUGUGCAAAACGUCCUAUAUUACUGAAAUUUUUGAGUACUAUCAUACACAAACAGAUUUUCAAGUGUUAUAAUAAAUUUUCCUAGAAGUGAUUGAGAAAUGUAUGGGUUCUGUUUAAUAGGGUCACCCUGUAUUUCGUGUUUUAAUUGAUAUAUAUAGUACGUAAUUUAUGGUAUCAUGAUGAUUUCAUAUACAUUGAUCGUGUUUGUCUUUGUUAACCCUUUACUCAUUUCGUUAGUGAACUGUUACUCUUGUCUCACGAAUUGUUUUUUCGUUUGGCCCGGAUAAUUAGUGGCUACGAAGCAACAUAGUAAUAUACAUUCAUAUUCAGUCAUAAAAAUCAUACUGCCAUAAACCAUCAUUGAAGUUGGCACACUAUAUUCAAUUAUUCACUUGACUCCUUCACAUAAUUUUAUGUGUCAAUUUCGCAACUUUUGGUGACGGUAUUUUUGUGAUGCUUAACAUGAAUAUCAAUAAUAACUUCCCUUUAUCAUCUAGUUAACAUACGAACUCGGAAAAUGUAUAUCGUCUUUUCUGAUUUUCACUAAUACUACAGCACAAGGUAUCAUCAUUUUUCGAACCAUUUAAACUAAAAUAUGUUCUCGUUCCCCAUACUUAAUACAUCUUUCUAUAUAGUCAUCCAGGCAUUGUACAAAGAGCAACAUCCAUAUCCUUUUUAAUGUUAUCAGUAUUCGUUAACUUUUUUGCGCUGUAAUUGUUAAUUAUAAAUUUUCACUUAACUUCCAUAAUUAUGUUUUCUUACACACGACUCUUACACGUUUUAAUCAAAGCCUGAAAUAUUGUAUAAA